CCAACACAUGAUGAAGUAAUGCUGUGGUCUGAAUCGGUGGAUAAACUGUUGUCUCACAAAGCUGGUCAGGUUGCUUUCAGAAACUUCCUUACAAAGGAAUACAGUGAAGAGAACAUCGAUUUCUGGUUGGCCUGUGAAAACUACAAGAAAAUCAAGUGUCCUACAAAACUGGCUUGUGAGGCCAAGAAGAUUUAUACCAAAUUUAUCAAAGUUGAGGCACCUGGAGAGAUUAACAUUGAUUUUACAACACGAGAGAAUAUUGCCAAAAGCAUCAAUGAGCCUACCCCUUCCAGCUUUGACCUGGCACAGAAACUAAUCUACAGCCUGAUGGCAAAAGACUGUUAUCCCAGAUUCCUGAGGUCCAACAACUACCUGGAACUGGUAACCAAUGCAGAAAAAAGUCAGCAGCAAUGAAGCCAUUCUGUUUUGACAUUAUGUACAACGAGCAGUAAAUCAUCAGACCAGAAAUAGUAAUUAGUUGUUGACUGGACAGUGAGAAUAUUGCCAGUAAUUUAAGGCCAUCUGGAUAGCUCAGGCUGAUCUGAAAUAAUUAAUGACAAAAGUGAUUAAUGAAAUGUUCCCAAAUAUUUAGACUGCUGUAAUCCUAAAGAAGAAUAUUCUCAGUGCAUUUAGUUUCUUAGUUAUUGUCAGAUUUGAAGGAUUCUGUGUUAAUCUCCAAGAUUGAUCUGAACAUUAUACUGUAGAGUGUUAAAUCUUGUUGUUGCUAAUAUUGUGGGCCUCCCAGAGGAGUUGUCCUUAUUUGGGAUUGAAAUGUUAGUUUGGCUGUUAAGCACAAUAGGAUUUUAGUCAUGAACUCUAAGAGUCUAAAAUUGCUUAAGUUAGAACAAUAAGAUUUCAAUGCUUAACUCACGACAUGAAUUCAAAUUUCUUCCAAUUAAUGAGGUGAUAAUACUCACCUUAAAGUGAA